CGGGGCCGCCCGCGCCCGGCCGAGGGGUGCGGCGCGCGCGAGCCAUGGAAUAAUGUCCAGUCCCGGUCCUGGUAAUUUUCUGAUGUGACGGCUGAGACAUGAGAUCUUCAGCCUCCAGGCUCUCCAGUUUUUCGUCGAGAGAUUCACUAUGGAAUCGGAUGCCGGACCAGAUCUCCGUCUCCGAGUUCAUCGCCGAGACCACCGAGGACUACAACUCGCCCACCACGUCCAGCUUCACCACGCGGCUGCACAACUGCAGGAACACCGUCACGCUGCUGGAGGAGGCUCUAGACCAAGAUAGAACAGCCUUACAGAAAGUGAAGAAGUCUGUCAAAGCAAUAUAUAAUUCCGGCCAAGAUCAUGUACAAAAUGAAGAAAACUAUGCACAAGUUCUUGACAAGUUUGGAAGUAACUUUCUAAGUCGAGACAACCCAGACCUUGGCACUGCUUUUGUUAAGUUUUCUACUCUUACGAAGGAGCUGUCCACGCUGCUGAAAAAUCUGCUCCAGGGUCUGAGCCACAAUGUGAUCUUCACCUUGGACUCCUUGUUGAAAGGGGACCUGAAGGGAGUCAAAGGAGAUCUCAAGAAGCCGUUUGACAAAGCUUGGAAAGACUAUGAGACAAAGUUGGUCUCUGUGGCCCCUGAGCCAGAGCAGCCCGUCAGGGGCACCCGGGGCCUGCCCGGCGGGGUUAUUGCCAGGACUGUGGGGGUAACGCACACGAAACGUGCGGUGUGGGCCCAGCUCACCUUCCUGCUGUACGAGUUCUGCCACCUUCCCUCGUUCUUCUUCCUUGAAGACAUUUGUAUUAGCAGGAG